GAGUGCGGCUGCCCGCGCCGAGCGGGAACAUCGCGCGCCCGACGCCGCCGCGCGCGAUCCGGCACGUGUCAUGCCCUCAUAUUCCGACACAUACGUGCGUGUUUACGGACAAUGUGGAUUCUACUAAUAAUCGGUGCUGCUUAGCGGGUUUUGCUAAAGUGGGUCGCCUCGCCGUUUGAUCCGGUGCAGCCAGGCGAGCGAGGCAGCGGAGCGAGCGCGCGGCGGCCGCAUGGCGCGCGUCCCGUGAGGCAUGCGCGCGCUCCUGCCGCUGCUGGCCGCCCUGUCCGCCGCGGCCGCGCCCCCCGCCGCCCCCCUCGCCGCCCCCCUCGCCCCACUCGCGCUCGUGCUGCGCGCCGCCUGCCCCGCCGCGCUCCGCACUGCCUUCCACGAGCCAGCCGCGCUCAGCUAUGAACCGAUGCGAGGAUUAUUCGAUCGAUACCGAGUGCGACUUCUCACCUACGAAGACACUUGUGGGCCCGAAUGGAGAGCGAGAGUGACGCUACGCGCUCUGAGUGCUGUGAGCGAGGGCGGUGCGGUAGCGACAGCGGGCUGCGCCGGCGCCGACUUGUGCGCCGCGCUGGUGGCGGCGGCGCGCGCGUUGCGGCGGGCGCUGCCGGCGGCAUGCGGCGGGCGAGGCGCGCGCGCCGUGGCGCGGCUGGCGGCGCGGCUGCGCUGGGCGCGCGCGCUUCUGGCGCCGGCCGCGCCGCGCUCCGAGUGCGGCGCCGCGCUGCGGGCCGCGGCCGGCGCGCUGGCGGCCGCGGGCGUGGCGGUGCGCAGCGCGCCUCUCUCGCCGCAAGAGCUGGCGCGCCAACCUGAUGUUGUGAUCCUGUGUGCCUCCCGCGGCGGUCGCGGGACGGGCGCGGCGGCCGAGGGGCGGAGCGCGGCGGGGGAGGGACCGCCGGCGCUGCUGUUGCUGGUGGAUGAGUGCGACCGCUCUCCUAACGGCGUCCGCACGCUGCAAAAUGAUACUUAUGAUGCUUUCCAAUUAAGCAAUAUCACUUUAGCUAUAGGCGAAUCGCUAACUACGAGAAACAUAAAGCGCUCAAUAAUAGACCAGCUGCCCGGCUCAGUCGGGGAUAUUGGGGCCAAGUCGUCAACGUUGGCCGACGGAUAUAAAAUGCACCGUUUAAAAAAUUCUACAAAAAUGGACUCCGUCCGCCUUAAAUCAGAUAUUGAUGAUGGCAAGAAUACGUUUUUGCAAAAUAAGUAUAAGGGUAAAGUAGGCAAAUCCGAGAGCUUCGAAGCCAACAAUGAUGUGGACGCCCCACAUCAGAGUAAAGCAGCUCGCGCCACUGACGCGUUGUCGAUCGACAUUGAGUAUUUGUUAACUCCAAUCGAAAUCACAUAUUUUCGGCGUGUUCUGCUUCUCAUCGAUGAGCAUUCGGCACAGGAGCCCGUUACCGAAAAUAAACUUGUGUAUGAUGAGAUAAUAGAAGGAAUCAAAAAUCAAGAAGAAGCAGAACACGCACAAGUAGAGUACGUUGACAUAGAUUUUUACUUAUACGAGCGAUCGAGCAACGCGACGAUCUCUUGGAGGCUCGCGGCCGUGCUCACGGCCAGCUCGGCGGCGCUGGACGCGUCGCGGCGCGGAGCCGUGCGCCUGGCCAACGAGUCGGCGCGCCUGCACGGCUGGAGCGCGGCCGCCGCGCAACGUCCGCUGCCCGCCGCGCCCUGGGCCGCCGCCGGCGCCGCGCUGCUGCUGGCCGCCGGCGCCGCGCUGCUGCUGCGCUGGGCCGCCGCGCGCCGCCGCCGCCGCCGCCGCCGCCGCGACGCCGUGCUCUCGCCCGCCGACUUCACCUUCCCGGUAGACGAGCGGCGGCGCGUGGGCGAGGGCAUGGAGACUAUGCUGUCGUGCUGGCUGCAGCAGCUGCACGAGUUCGGCGGGCCCGAGCUGGAGCGGCCCGACCUGCUGAAGCAGCCGACGCUGCCCGCGCCCGCCGCGCCCCGCGCCCCCUCCGCGCCCUCGUCCACGUGCAGCGUGAACCGCGUGGCGCUGGACCGGCGCGUGCGCUACAAGGGCGACGUGGUGCACGUGCGGCAGCUGCCGGGCCCGGCGGGGCUGGAGCUGCGCCGCAAGGCGACCGACGUGCUGCUGCUCAUGCAGAACCUGCGCCACGAGAACCUCAACCCCUUCAUUGGGUGCCUGUGCUCACCGCGGCCGGCGCUGGUGUUCGACGCGUGCGGGCGCGGCUCGCUGGAGGACGUGCUGAUGGCCGACGACAUCAAGCUGGACUGGACGUUCCGCCUCUCGCUGCUGACGGACCUGGUGCGCGGCAUGCGCUACCUGCACGCGUCGCCGCUGCGCGUGCACGGCCGCCUCUCGUCGCGCAACUGCGUCGUCGACUCGCGCUGGGUGCUGCGCGUCACCGACUUCGGCCUGCCCGCGCUCAUCCGCGCGCAGGCGCUGCCGCAGCCACUGCGCGCCGCGCGCGACUUGCUGUGGACCGCACCCGAGCUGCUUCGCGAGCAGGGAGGCGGCGGGCGCGGCACGCAGCCCGGCGACGUGUUCUCCUUCGCUAUCAUCAUGCAGGAGGUGAUCGUGCGCGGUGAGCCCUACUGCAUGCUCGCGCUGACGCCGGAAGAGAUCGUGGAGAAGGUGUCACGGCCGCCGCCGCUGAUCCGGCCGUCCGUGUCAAUGGGCGCGGCGCCGCCCGACGCCGUCAGCGUCAUGCGCCAGUGCUGGAGUGAGGCGCCCGACUUGCGCCCUGACUUUCACCGCCUGCACGACAUUUUUCGUCACUUGCACCGUGGCAGGAAAAUCAACAUAGUUGACUCCAUGUUUGAAAUGCUGGAAAAAUAUAGUAAUAAUCUAGAAGAACUAAUUAAGGAGCGGACUGAGCAGUUGGAUAUGGAGAAGAAAAAAACUGAACAACUUCUAAACAGGAUGCUUCCGAGGUCGGUGGCGGAGCGGCUGAUGUUGGGGUCGCGCGUAGAGCCCGAGGAGUUCUCCGAUGUGUCUAUCUACUUCAGUGACAUUGUAGGCUUCACGGCGCUGGCGGCGCGCUGCACGCCCGUGCAGGUGGUGGACUUGCUCAACGACCUCUACACCACUUUCGACGCUGCCAUUGAGCAGUAUCGCGUCUACAAGGUGGAGACCAUCGGCGACGCGUACAUGGUGGUGGGCGGGCUGCCGGUGCGCACGCGCGACCACGCCGAGAGCGUGGCCACCAUGGCGCUGCACCUGCUGCACCUGGCCGGGCGCUUCCGCCUGCGCCACCUGCCCGAGACGCCGCUGCACCUGCGCAUCGGGCUGCACUCGGGCCCGUGCUGCGCCGCCGUCGUGGGGCUCACCAUGCCGCGCUACUGCCUCUUCGGCGACACCGUCAACACCGCCUCGCGCAUGGAGUCCACAGGUGCAGCGUGGCGCAUCCAAGUAUCAGCAGCCACGGCGGAGCGGCUGAUGGCGGCGGGCGGCUACCGGCUGCGCUCGCGCGGCCUCACCAUGAUCAAGGGCAAGGGCGCCAUGCACACCUACUGGCUGCUCGGCAAGGAGGGCUUCGACAAGCCGCUACCCACCCCGCCGCCGCUGCAGUCUGAGGAAGUCCUGUUCGAGGUAGAUGGUGAGAGCGAUUGUGAGUCCUCCCCGGCGCCCAGCUGCUCGCCGCCGCCGAUGCCGGCCGAGCCCUCCGCGACGGUCGCUUCCGCCGCGCCGACCGUCGAGCGCCAGCGCUCCGAUCCCACCAGCGCCGCCGACAAGCAGGCAUGGCAACGGUCCGGCGCCGUGUCAGCAGACAGCAGCCCUCCGCGGCCGGGCCGACGCUCCACUGACUCGGGCGACUCGCGCUCUGCUCUGCCGACCGGCGACCACAGCGCGCAGUACUCGCGAUACAGGUGCUUCCUCUAUGUCUGAGUGUUGAGUAGCGUGU